CUCCAUUCAGUCCCAGCCGACGCGCCGAGGCGACGACCAUGGCGGCGGCCUUGUUGUGGGUGGCGGCCGCGGCGCUGCUGUACCUGACGGCGCGGGUGGUGCGCUUCUACCGCCGCGUCUGGAGGAUGCACCGCCUGACGGCCGACAUCCCCGGGCCCGCGCCCUACCCGCUCAUCGGCAACGUGCAUCGGUUUCUGACGCCGCUCGACCGCAUGUACCAACUCAUGGACUCGCUGUGCGCGGACUUCGGCUACCUCUUCAAGUUCUGGAUCGGCCCUUGCCUGGGCGUCGCCGUCCUGGACCCGGAGGACCUGCAGGUGGUGCUGACGAGCCCCGCCCUGGCCAGCAAGCCCGACGAGUUCUACGAGUGCCUGAUGCACGUCGUGGGCAGGGGGCUCAUCACCCUCAACGGCAGCGACUACAAGCGGCACCGCAAGGCCAUCACCGCCUCCAUGCACUACGACAUCCUGCAGGAGUUCGUCACCAUGUUCGGCGUCAACUGCCGCGAGCUGGAGGCCCGCCUGGACCCGCUGGCCGAGACCGGCGAGGUGUUCGACGUGCUGCACGACCUGGGCCGCUGCGCCAGCCUGUCCGUGUGCCGCACCGUGCUGGCCGCCGAGGCGCCCGGCCUGGAGGCCGAGCGCGACGCCUUCGUGCAGAUCGUGCACGACGCCAGCAAGGUGAUGCUGUACCGCGGCCUGCGGCCCUGGUUCCGCAGCCGGCUGCUCUUCAAGCUGUCGUCGUGGUACGAGCGCUACUACCAGGUCGUCGAGGGCGGCACCAACUUCGCCGACAAGGUCCUCACGCAGAAGACGCAGAUGCUGCAGCAGACCGCGCCCACCACGCCCGCCCCCGCGGCGCACCGCCGCCAGACCUUCCUGGACACGUUCCUGUCGUCGACCGAGGCGAGCGUGCUGACGCGCGCCGAGCUGCUGGACGAGCUCAAGACCAUGCUGUUCGCCGGCAUCGGCACCUCCAUGGACUUCCAGUCCAUGUUCCUGCUGUGCAUGUCCCUGUACCCGGACAUGCAGCGCAAAGUGCAGCAGGAGCUGGACGACGUGUUCGGGUCGGACAGGGACCGCGACAUCGUGGCCUCGGACCUGCCCCACAUGAAGUACCUGGAGUGCGCCCUCAAGGAGGCGCUGCGCUUCUUCCCCUCCGUGCCGGUCUUCGCGCGCGUGGCCUCGCAGGACGUGCCGCUGCCGUCGGGCAGGGUCAUCCCCGAGGGCUGCUACGUGGGCGUGUUCCCCCUGUGGACGCACCGCCACCCCAAGUACUUCCCCGACCCGGAGCGGUUCGACCCCGAGCGCUUCACGCCCGAAAACAGCAGAGACCGGCACCCGUUCGCGUUCAUACCGUUCAGCACGGGGCUGAGGAGCUGCAUCGGCCAGCGGUUCGCCAUGAUGUUCGCCAAGACGGUGGCGGCCUCGGUGCUGCGUCGCUACGACGUGCUGCCCGACCCCGACGGCCCGCGCCGCCUCGUGGACGUGCCCCUCGUGGGGGGCAUCUCGCUGAGCGUCAAGGGCGGCGUCAAGGUGCGCCUGCGCCGCCGGGGGCCGCACGGCCUCGAGCACGCCGAAGAACCCCCGGUCUACGGCCUGUGAGGCCUGUAGCGAGGAGGCGCCUGGUCCGGCAGAGGCCUCCGCUUCAUUCAGUGUCAUUGUGCCAAAAAUACAAAAUGUACAAAUUGUACCCCCCACCCCCACCCCAUGU